AAGAAAUUUCUCUUUACUUGCAAUGCAUAAUAAUGAAGAACGUUUGGAUUCCAUCAGGACUGAAAUCACAAAAUGUUUCUCCAAGGUGAACGCCAUCUCCAGGAUCUUUGGCUUGUCAAUGGGCCCAAUAAAUCUUUCAUCCAAAAGAACCAACUACUUUUCCUGGACGAUCUACGCUCUGCUAAACAUCCUGCUGGUAAUCGUCUGGAGCUACCUGACCGAAUUUGCCUUCCAAGCAGAAUCUGAAACCGAACAGAACAACAGUUACAGCCAAACAACAAAAGUCGAAGGAAAAAUAAAGCACAUGAAACUUAUUGGAAGUGGAAUAACAAUAGUCAUCCUAAUAUUAUUGACUCCUUUCACCAGGAAGGACCUGCUGAACUCCUUGGACGAACUUGCACGAAUCGACAACAGAUUAGAGAUGGAAUUUAAUUUCAAACUGGAUUACAAAAAAUCGUCCGCACGUUCAAUCCAUCAUCUUCUCACUGUUAUGGCUACUUUCUUGGUUCUGUUCAUCAAGAUACAUUUUAGCGCAUACUACAAUCACAUUUAUCGUAAAGUUGCGUUGUGGUACUUUCUCACUGUGUACGCGACUUUAACCAAGAUUUUAAUUGCCCUGCAAUUUGUCAACCUUCUAUUUAAUCUUCGUGAUCGGUUCCUAAUUCUGAAUUCAAGACUCAAGAAUAUCUUGCCCGAAGUCCAGCAACAAGAUUUUGUCAGAAAGUCGUUCCAUGAGAAUUGCACUAUUUACAGAAGGCUUCGCAUUGCUGCUGAAAUUCAUCAGGACCUUACCGAAGCAGCCGGCAUUGCUAACAAAACAUUUGGAAUUCAAAUGCUUGUCGAUCUUUCUUAUACGUUCAUGAUAAUUACGAGUGAGCUUUACGUCGCCAUCAUGACACUGCGAAACGCUUGGAACCUUGCUAUUGACUACUUAAAUUGUAGUAUUGUUCAUGCUAUUCAAUGGAUCUGCAUUGUUGCUGCUUGCAAUUCCAUCAUCCGUCAGAUGCGUAAGGUCAUCGUCACCGUGCACAAGAUCAGCCUGAAUUCCAUCGACUUCUAUAGCCAUGCGGUCGCUCAAGAUUUUUUUUAUAAGGAACCUCAUCAAAAAUUUGAAUUUACGGCCUACGGCUUUUUCACCAUUGACUCGACCAUCCUUACUUCGGUGGUUGCAAGCGUGACAACGUAUCUUGUAUUUCUUAUUCAAUUUGAUUCGUUUCCGAUUUCCGGUGGGCACCAAAUGACAUUCAUGUCGUUCACAGAUCAAAAUCGUGAUAUAAAUCAGUCAGAAAUUAAUUGGUUGAAUAAAAAAAAUAGUUCUGAUAAUUUAAAUAAAAAAAUUCGUAUCGAUGUUCAAUCGUCGUUCAAGAGGAAUAACAGGAUCAGUCCGAUUGGUAGUGAUAAGAGAAUGAAAAGUCGAACCUGUGAUUUUUAUUUUGUCCUGGAAAGGGUUGCUUGGUUUUGGCGUAUUGUUGGGUUAUUCCCAUUGAAAAUGGAUAAUGGUCCAUUUCAUUCACGAAAGUAUAUCAGACAAUCUCCUAUGAUUGCUUACAGCAUUCUUCUGCUUCUUGUCUUUCUUAUAUGUUUCUCUCAUUGGCUAUAUAACUGUUUAACGCUCACGAGAUCAGACGUGUCGUUGCUGAAUGUUACUCUCCACCUUCGAUUUGGCUGGACCCUCGUUUGUGUUUUAACGAUAAUCAGCUCGGUAUUAUAUCAUAGUAAAAAAUUUUUAUCAGCAAUCGAGCUACUUGCCGCGCAAAGCUAUGUUUUGAAAAAUUUGGGAUGUCACGUAGAUCAUAAAAAGAAUGCGAUGUACCUUCAAGCCUUUUUAUGGUCAACCAUGUUCAUUAUGAUACCAAUAACCAUCUACAACGUGAUAAUCGAAGCGGACUUUCUCCAAAUAGUACCUUUUUUAUGGCCAAUCACGCAGUUUAUCGUGAUGGCGCAUAUCAUAAGUGUCACCUUAUUUAUCUGUCUGGUGUCACUCGUAGGCCUACACUUCCGGUCUCUUGCCAAUAAUUUAGUAACCACCUUUGCAAGGAUUCACCAUAAUUUAUGUCUUUCUCGCAGCUUCGUACCGGAUAUAACAAUCAUUGGAAAGACUCCCGACUCGCAACAUGGCGUCACAAAACAUCUGAUUUCACUUGCUAAAGUACAUUCCAAUCUCUGCAACGUAGCGAGAAGCAUCAAUCAUAUAUAUGGCUGGAAUAUAGUCAUUAAUGGUUUGACAACAUUUUGGGUACUUACUACCGCCCUCUAUUACACAUUUGUUGAACUACGCAAGGGUGUAGAUCAUAUGAAUUUUAAACAAUUGUGUACACAUGCACAUUGGUUUUUUAUCUACCUCAUUGGCAUCGCUUUAAUUGUAACUGCCUGUAAUUGGACACGUAAUCAGGUUCGAUAUCCAAAAAAAAAUUAUCAGCAACUCACAUUGUCAACAGUUAUUUAUACUAAAUUGUUUAAGGCAACUUCCGCGGGCAAAUUCUUGCAUCAAAUGGAUUUGUCUAACACAGAUAUUUCAUUUUAUCAAUCGGUACGACGUUCAUUACUCAGAAUAAUAAUUUAUUUGACAACUAACUUGCUCUCUGUCUUACAGGUGCAGUCCUUCUCUCUUCAGAUGCAUCAUCAAAAAAUUGCCUUCUCCGGUGCUGGACUUUUUCCAUUAGACUCGAGUCUUCUGCAGUCGAUAGCAGCCGCUGUUACAACUUAUCUGGUUAUUCUCAUACAGUUUGAAUCGUCCGUACGCAAGCCAUGAUUACCAACGAUCGGAAAAUCGCAACAAACCCACCCCACGAUUAAGGAAGCGUAUAUAGAUCGGAGUC